AAGAUGCAUAUCAUCUUGCGUUCAUCAGCCGCGAUAAUAGGAGUUCGCCGUCAGGGCAGGAGCUCCCAAGACGAAGGCCGUAGGUUGUAUAUCACAGAGACACACGCGAGCAACAUGCUUCGUGACAUCCAACUCUCCCUUUCAUCUUUCCUUCAUCAUGAAAACUGGUAGUACCUAUCUACAGUUCCUGGCUGCUGCUGCCCUAGCCGGACAAGUUGUCUCCGCCGAGACCAUCGCCCAGAUCAACGGCAAUAAGUAUCUUUCGCCAUAUAAUGGAAAGAAUGUGACGAACGUCAAUGGUCUGGUCACUGCCAAAGGCCCAAGCGGUAUCUGGAUCAGGUCUACCGCUCCCGACAGCGACGAGAGAACAUCUGAGUCCGUCUACGUUUUCGACCGCAACUUUGGCAAGAAUUUGACUGUCGGAGAUGUCAUCCAAUUGAACGGAACAGUUACCGAGUACAGAUCGAGCAAGGCAUACGUCUACCUGACCGAGAUCAUCAACCCAAAACUGGUCCAGAAGAUCUCUUCUGGCAGUGCUGCCACACCUCGGGUCAUUGGCAAGGACACUUUGAGCCCGCCCAACAAGGCUUUCUCUGCUCUAGACAACGGAGAUGUGUUCGGUGUUCCUAACAAUGUCAGCUUGAUCUCUGUCUCCAACCCCACCUUGGUCCCCCGCAACUAUGGUAUGGACUUCUGGGAGAGUCUCAGUGGAGAGCUUGUUACUGUCAAGAGCGCUCAUGCAUUGACUAAGCCUAACAACUACGGCGACACCUGGGUUGUUGGCGACUGGAAGGUCACUGGUCUUAACAGCCGCGGUGGUUUGACAACCGUUGACAAAGAUGCAAACCCCGAGGCAAUCAUCAUCGGAUCACCGCUGGACGGGUCGAAGAACCCUGCUAUCACCAGAGUCGGUGACACCCUCGGCGACAUCACUGGUAUUGUCAGCUACUCAUUUGGUUACUACACCAUCUUGCCUUUAACAGCACUGAACGUUGUCAAGGCCAUUGAGCCUAGACUUCCCCCACCUACUACUCUUAUCUCCAGCGGAGACUGCAGCGGUCUGACCGUCGGCUCUUACAAUGUCGAGAACCUUUGGGCUGGCUCUGCUCACCUGGUUAAUAUUUCCGACCAUAUCGUCAACUACCUUCGCAGCCCCAACUUGAUCUUUGUCCAGGAGAUCCAGGACAACAAUGGAGAAACCAACGACGCUGUCGUGACCGCAAACCUGACUCUUACCACUUUGACCUCUGCAAUCAGUAGUAUCGGCGGUCCUGAGUACGAGUUUGUCGAGAUCGAUCCUGUCGAUGACAAAGACGGCGGUGCGCCGGGUGGUAACAUUCGCCAAGCCUAUCUUUACAACCCCGACAUCCUUCAAUUGCGCAAGCCAAACUUUGGCGCAAGCACGGAAGCCAACGAAGUCCUUCCUGGUCCUGAGCUCAAGUACAAUCCUGGCCGUAUCGAUCCUCAGAACCCAGCUUGGACUGCUAGCCGCAAGCCACUCGUCGCUGAAUUUGAGACACUUGAUGGCAAGAACUCAUUCUUCACCAUCAACGUCCACUUUGGUAGUAAGGGUGGCUCUUCUUCAAUUGAAGGCGAUGCUCGGCCUCCUGUCAAUGGAGGUGUUGAGGAUCGUCAGGAGCAGAUGGAGCUCACUGCCAACUUCGUCGCCGACAUCCUUGCUGAAGACAAGAAUGCUAACAUCAUCGCUGCUGGUGACUUCAACGAAUUUGCUUUCGUCGAGCCUCUCGAGAAUUUCUUGGCCAUCUCGAACUUGCGUGAUAUGGAUGAGGCCGCCAACAUUCCUCAGCUCGAGCGAUACACUUACCUGUUUGACAUGAACAGUCAGGAGCUUGACCACAUGUACAUCAGCCAGGCUUUGAAGCCAAAGGCCCAGUACGAGCAUGUCCACAUCAACACUUGGGUCACCCUGGCUGAGCAGAUCUCUGACCAUGAUCCUUCGGUUGCUAAGCUGAAUGUUUGCAAGAAGUAGAGGUCAUUCGAAUGAAUGAGGCGUCGAGAACCUAUCUGAGGAUCCUGUCAGAAGCAUAUGUUUAAGAUAGAAUCAAAAGCAAAAGUGCAUUUUUCGGAAG